CGGAAGCCGGGGAAAUGGCGGCUCCCAUGAUGAGGGCAGUGUUGUACGGAAUAAGAUGCAGCCGAACGUUUAGUACUUCUACUGCUCUAUGCAAACUAGGGAUACCCCUGGGGCCAAUGCCUAAUGAAGAUAUAGAUGUCAGCAACUUGGAGGCACUGGCAAAAUACCGCAGCUUUCGUCGCUACUUCAAGGUGGCAGAAAAAGAGAGGGAAAAAAUUCAUUGGUGGCCAACUUACAAGAAACACACCACUCCAAAGCUAGAUGAAGAGGCAAAGAUAGACAUUGGCCUACCCUGUCCUCGUAAGCAACGGGCAAGCAUACUUAAAGAGAGAAAAGCUGUAAUGAGACAGAAUUUGACCAACGUGGAACUAGAAAGAGCAUCCCGUCUCAGGACACUGGUGAUUCCACUUGAUGAUGUCAAAGCUGAAUGGGAGAGAACCAGUGGCCCAUACCACAAACAGCGCAUAGCAGAACACUAUGGUCUAUACCGUGACUUAUUUGAUGAUGCCACGUUUGUUCCCAGAGUUCUUCUAAGAGUGGAAUACGACCAUGAUGAGGAAUAUGUUGUGCCAGUUUAUCAUGGGAAUGUGGUGACCCCCACAGAGGCUCUUAACCCUCCCAGAGUCAUAUUUGAAGCAGACGAAGGAUCUCUGUGGACCCUGCUGCUCACUAACCUGGAUGGACACCUGCGCGAUACCAGUAUGGAGUAUGUCCACUGGCUGGUGACAAACAUUCCGGGCAAUAAAAUAGAGGCAGGCAAGGAGGCUUGUCAUUACUUCCCACCAUUUCCUGCCAAGGGAACAGGAUACCACCGCUACGUUUUCCUUCUCUUCAGGCAGAUGCAGCCAAUUGAUUUCACUGAUGAUACGCGGCCAGAGCCAUGCCACAGCCUCAGGAUGAGAACCUUCAGGACAUUUGAUUUCUACAAGAAGCAUCAGAGUGACAUGACACCAGCAGGGCUGGCAUUUUUCCAGUGCCAGUGGGAUGAUUCUGUCACAAAUGUUUUUCAUAAUGUUCUUAACAUGAAGGAGCCAGUGUUUGCCUUCGUGCGCCCCCCUGUGUAUCAUGGCCCACAGAAGAAGUUUCCACACCUCCAGCCUCUGAGGUACCUGGACAGGUACAGGGACAGUGAUGAGCCAACCUAUGGUAUUUACUGAGAGUUUUGGCACUCUGCUUUUCAAAGGGCUCCUAGAACAGCCACAGUACAAUCAAGAAUUCCAAUAGACAGUUUGUGCAUCUGACUGGGGAAUGGCAGUGUACAGAUCACAGCGGGCUUUGAUUCAGAUCACCACUUCUUAUUCACCGCUUGGAAGAGAGAGGCAGUUCACAUCCAUUCUUGAAUGCAUACCAGAAAGACUGUACAAAGUGUUCAUCAUGGUGAAGAAGCCUAGUUGUACUAACAGAUGCAAAACUGUUCAGGACCCGAACAUCUGCUGCACCUUCUGGGGAAUCAGUUACCAUUCAUAAUUUGCUGCCAACAAAGCAGACUGCUUUAUCCCUCAGUUGAGUUGUUUCAGCAAAAUACUUUCAUCCGAAUUGGAUCGGGUGAUGCAUGAAAUCUUGCCAGGUACUGAAAUGCUGGACUGUGUGUUCUCUUUCAAUUAUGAAUAAAUAUACUUUUAAAAAUCA